CAGCGGGAUAAAAGCUAGGUUACUUUAUGCAAUUUGUUCUCUAAAGGUUGUAGAAAAGGGACAUUAGGGGGAACGUUAUGUGAACCAAAUGUACAACCAAAACCUAACGCUAGGGGAACAUUAGGAAAACUUUCCAUAUCAACCACAGGAGAGCCUCAGUGGCGGGAACCUUCAGAGGGGGAUUCUUCGUCUUGUGGCGCUGAGCCAGAUUUUGACGAUUCUUCCCGAGUGCGGCCCGAGUACCGCCGAACUCAGAUGGUCCACAAAAAACCCCGACACCAACCGAAACUGUGACUUCAGCUGUUCCUCAUUCAAGUCUGAUCCCCUCCCUGACCAGACCGAACCAGAAGACCUGGGAUUAUUAUUUUUUUCCUGGGGAUUGGAGGCGUGAGAAAGAGAACUACUGAAGAUGAAAGUAAUCAGCGCUGCAGUGCUCAGUGCCGUGUUCUGCACCGUUGUGUCAGCGUCUCUCAAAGUCAAAGAGGAACGCAGGACGGCGUUCUUCGGCGAGGACAUCCACAUGGUCGUCCCGCCCGGGAAGGUCGGCGAGGUUGUGUUCAAACCCAGGACCAAUCAGUCCAUGGAGGUGGUUCUGAUGCAAGCCGGCAAGGUGGUGAGCCCGCGGAGUUAUCUCAACUCUCUGGGCCACCUGGUGCUGGAGGACGUGCAGGAAGAGGACGAGGGCGUGUACGUCAUCAAGAACAGCAACCACCCGGUCAAGCGACUGUCCCUCGCUGUUAGGGACUGCGCAUUGGAGGAAGUGGUUAAGUAUGGAGAUACCUACUACAUCCACCUCAACCAUGUUGAAGGCCCCAUCAGCCUGGAGUUCAGGCCCAGUCCGGUUCAUGUCAAUCAAACGGAGAUCCACCAUCACACCACAGAGGCUCCGCCUGUGUUGCUGUACAACGAGACGGGGGUGUUGGCAGACGAUUACGUGGGACGCCUCAGCGUGUCAGAGAAACGGGUGACACUGCACGCCGUGAGGAUGAUGGAUGAGGGGAGCUUCACUGUGCUGGACCGCGAGGGCAAAGUCAGGCGGAGGAACUGUCUGAAUGUCAGAGAACACCAGGAAUUUGAGCACCUUGGCUAUGGAAAAAACCUGGAGAUGAAGCUUUACCUGCACUACACCAAUGUGAGCGUCGUCUACAGGCCCAAAGCAGACAAUCAGGACCGGGUUAUUGUGGACCAGGGGGUUCUGGUGACACCACUGGACCCUCUGCUGGAGGGCAGGCUGACUGUGCAUGGCUCCAAGCUCAUCAUGAAGAAGGUCCAGGAGGCAGACAGUGGCGUCUUCAAAGUGACAGACCUGGCUGGAUUUGUUGUGGCUCACGUCUACAUAGAGGUGGAGGCCUACCGUCUGCCGCGUCUCACUGUGAGCAUCCUGUCCAUGCUGGGCCUGAUCGCCUUCUUGCUGCUGGUGUGCCUGCUGUCCUGCCUCUACAAAGUGCACAAGAGGAACGAGAAGAACAAGAAGCUGGAGCUUAUCGCUCAGCAGGCGGGCAAGAGCGAAGGCGACGCUUUCAGACAGGUCGUCCAUGAUGCGUACACCAGGUUCACUGAGGAGUCGCUGGCGCAGUCUGUGUGUGAUCAGCCUACAGAGAGCACAGAGGUCACCAUCAAGGGCCUUGAAGUGUCCAAACCAGGUCGCUACCAUGCUCUUAACUCAGACAACUUCAUGGAGAUGAGUGACUCUGGUGUGGAGUUCACCAGCUCUGGUCUCCCACUAGACAGCGACACUGAUGCCGCGAUCACCUACGCCUCCAACAAACCACUCCUCAACGCCGUCUCCCCCACAGCUGUGACCAAAGGAGUUUACUCCGACAGCCAGGAGGCCACCGCUGUCCCCGACGGCGAGCUGAGCGCCACUCGGACCCCCGACUCCGCCAUGAGCGCCAGCCCGGCAUCCAACCCUCGCUCGCUUGCAGACGCGACCCCCGACGGCAGCCUGCAUGGAGCUGCGUCACCAGGAACGGCCUCCAGGGGCACCACUGGCUCAGAUUCAGUCAAGACAGAAGGAGGAGAGAGUGGAGAAGCCGGGCUGAAAGAGGAACCUGCUCAGAGCACCUGAGAGGGUGUAUUUCUAUUUUGUGUCUCGGUACACAGUAAUGACAUCCACAUCUGGCAUUUCUGAGAACCUUCAUCAUAUCCAAACUCCACCACAAGUCCUUGAUCAUGGCGUCACAAAAACAACAACACAAAUCAAAUAUUCAUGCCUGGAGCUGGAUGUCACUGCAGCCCAGGAGAAAAAUAACAAAAAGGCUGUCGCACAAAAUGCACAAUGCGAAAUUUAAUGCACUAUGCACUGGAAGAUGAUAUGCAAAGUGUAAAACCCCCGAAGCUCCAUCAAAAGAAGAACAAUGCAGUUUUGUGCGUACGGUAAAAUGCAUGCAUUUCAAUUAAACAUUUAAGUAGAUGUCAUAGUUCAGAGCUGCAGGAGGAUGCAGCCAUUAGAGUAGAUUGACUGCAUGUGAUGAAAGAAGCGCGGGCUCCGAAAGACGUAUGUGGAUAUGUGAAAAGGGUGAAACACUCAGCACUUGUUAGGGGUUGAACGAUGUCAGCACCUAUCGAAAAACUUCGAGAAAAUGUGUACAUUAUUUGCGGAGUUUGACAGAUUUGACAGGCAGCGACAUGAACAGACACAACUUACUUAAGACCACCAACAACAACAACAGCAAAGACGGUCUCUCCCUGGUUGAAACCCGACGCGUUGCCUCCGACAGCACUUUUGUCUGCUUUCACGGCAUCACAUAAACACUGCAAUGAUUGCAUUUCAUCCCACCCACACACAGACUCUAUUAUUAACACUACAAGCAUGUCAGAAACAAAAAACAAAACAAAACAAAGUCGCCUCUGUCUCUCCAGAUACAAGUGCUGCUCUCAGCACUCACUCACCGACGAAAACUUCCCUCACAGUAAAAACAGGAGAUCGAGAAUCGGCGCGACUGUGCGAGUCCUGGGCGGUCCUGGGUUGUCGUUUAGACAUAAUCAAAAAGUGGAAACAUCACACGCACAAGAAUGAUGAAAUAUCGAGUGGUUUUCCUUCGUACUAGUGGAGUUGUCAUGACAGAGCGUUUCUGAACACUUUCAGGAAUUUUGGAACAAUUCCCGGAAAAUGUAAUUGGAUUCUCAGUCUACUUGCGGACAGACAGAUUCAUGGGCACCACACAUAUAUAUACAAACUGUACAUAGAGCGAGGAGCUGCGAUAAAAGGACGAUGACAGUGAUGGAAAACGGUGCUACUCAGGAGAGCAGAUAAAUGGCCCGCAUGAUUGAAAGCCUCCUAUUUUCCUCUCAGCCUCCAUCCGUCUCUUGGACACUCCGAUUAUUGUCGUCCGGUUGUUUCUCCAAAAAUUGAAGAGGCCGGAGAGAGACUCGGUCGGAUCAAUCUGCGAUAACACCGCUGCCUAUCAGGCGCUGGUGGAAUGAGCCUGAGAAGUGGUUAUGAGUAUGUGUGUGUGUGCAGUGUGGAGUAUUUUACAGAGCAAGACAAAGGAGAUGUUCCACAGUCAGUGGACCGUGUGGAGACGUGGGUCUGUUUGGCCGAUGAAAAGUAGAAAAGGAGGUCAUUGUCGUGACGGGUGAGGCAACUCUUGUAUCAAUCUCAUUGAUAAUUGAUACACGGGCACCAAAUAUCAAUAUUUUAACAUGAACGAACAAAAACAGUCAUCUCAUCAGAUUUCCAGACAAAAAUUGCACACACCACAUAAUCUAACUGGCUGAGAAAUAAAUCGACAGACCCAUUUAUGUCCAUUUUGAUUCUUUGGUCAGACAGAUUUCCUGACAUAUCUUUAUAUCAUUAUCUUUCAAUAUGUCUGUCAUAGCAGAAUCACCAUUGUGGGCCUUUGUAUCAUAGUGAAGCUGACCGUGACUACAGCACAUAACACGGCACUGCACAUGUGAUAUAGAAGACUCCCUUCUUUUUUAUUUGAGCAGCAUAAACCAGUCCCCUACGACGCACAAGAAAAACUCAUGUGAGAUGAUGCACUUCUAUUUUUCCUUGCAUUCUAUAUGCAAAUCUGAUAUGAUCACUUGCCAUUACUGAACAGAUCUGAUUUGAGGGGGAAAAAAACAAACCCAGCCUGUCUUGUUUUGAAAGGGACUUCUUUUGUUAAUGUAGCUCAAAUGGCAAUAAACACAUUUCAAAGUCAGACAAAAGAAAAACAUGGGAGGGAGUGCCAACAAGCGUUCAAACAUGUUUAGAAAGAAGCGGGGACACACUCAAUUAAAAUCCGCUCCCAUGGCGCAAACAGCUGCUUUUGACUAAUUACUUGUCUUAUCUUGCCGUGGAAGGAGCCUGUGGGCUAAUUCAGGUCACAGGAAGUCAAUUUACGCUGAAGACAUUUCAAAGGACCAGAGUGAAAGACACGUCUCACAGCAAAAACAAACACCACUCAAACCUGUCCUUGCCCAAUGUCACACAGUCUGUGAUAUGUGUCUUUUAUGAUACUCUUGGCACUUUAAGGCCCAAUCCCAUUUCUCAGUUUUACCCCUUGGAAGUGAGUUACAAGGCAUAGUGGUUAAAAUCCGGCCAUAUGAAAUAGAACGCCUCAUUCAAAAACAUUGUUAUGCGGUUAUCAAAAACGAACAUCCUUCGAUCGUCAACAACUUAUAGGAGAUUGGUUCGCGGGGGGUAGCAGCUCUAGCAAGGGGCCCCAGACUUCCCUUUCCAUGGCCUCAUCAUCCAGCUCUGACGAGGGGAUCCCCAGGCUCUCCCAGUUCAGCCAGAGGAUAUAAUCUCUCCACCAGGUGGAUGUGCCAGGACACCACUCCGGCUAUCCUUCUGAGAAAAAAAACAUCUUGGCCGCUUGUACCCACGAUCUCGUUCUUUCAGUCAUGACCCAUCACUCAUGACCAUUAAUGAGGGUAGAAACGAACAUCGACCGGUAGAUCACAAGCUUUGACGCUGGGGUUGGUGGUGAUAGCUUUGGGCCUCGGUGGCCCAGACCAAAAACAAACUAGCUAACAAAAUACCCUGUUGUUAACGGUUGUAAUAUCACUAGUUUGGACUAAAGAUGUGUCAGGAAAUGUCUUACUGGUGAACCAGUUUAUAGCAGGUACAAGAGACCUCAAACGAUAUUUGUCAAAAAGCUUAUAUUGGUUAGCGUGUUGUGUAGCUACGGUAACCACUGCAUGCUAACUAGUGUUAGUUUUAUGGCUGUAACAUUAGUUUCCUUUUAUUUAGUUAAUCUGGGAAAUAUCUCAGCCCGAAGUUCAAAGUGUUCCCCUGAAAUAAGCUCUGUUUGAAAAGUUAACUCAUUGGCUGCGAUCCAUUUUAAGAGCAGUGAUGCAAUCGACGUCUAUAGCGGUCAAUCAGUUAAUUAGCCCAUUCUGCUCUUCUGCUACCUCAACAAGAGUCAGGAAAUGCUAUGCCCACAUGUGAACACAUAAAAUGGAGGGUGUAGGGCAGAUAUUUAGGGGUAAGUGGUAGAAUAGGAUUGAGCUUUAGGGGCCUGGUAUACUUCCUCAAACAAGACGUGUCCGAGGGAGCCGUAGCAUCAUUCUCUUCUUCUUUGGUAGGAAUGCGUCCUAUUCCCUGCGUCUAGACUUGUAACGCCACCGGGUGGUGAAGUGGGAUACUACAGGACUCUGACACGCGAGUAUACCAGGGUCUGCGAUAUACGCCAUGUGCACGGAACUAUACCAGGGGCUUAAGAGUGCAAUUGUAAGCAGAGCAGUAUCCAUGGCAACAUCAAUCACAUGGUUCACCAAAACACAAAAAAAACACAAAACGUGUCAAACCUCAGUGGUUUUCAUCACAACCAGGUACAAGUUUCCCAAGGAUUCCAUUCAGAUGUCAGUGUUGUUAUUGUUGUCGCCACUCACAGCCGUCACCUGGAUGGCUACCACAUGCUGCAAAAAAAAACAACUGAUGUCAACUUGGGAAAAGUGAAAGAUUUAUGACCUGACUGACCUUUGAGUGUUUUGAUAUGAUACAGAUGUUUGAUGCCUGCAAAACAAAAAGCACAAAUUCAAAACACAGGUAAAAAAAAAAAAGUUAGUGUACUUAAAAUGGUUAUAAUAAAAAAAAUAGUAGCAGCUAUUGUGUAUAUAUAAUAUAUUAACGUGCAAAAAAUGACUAGGUAAACUAGUUCCCUUAUUCAGGAAAAAGUAGUUUGGAUGAUGAUGAGUGCAUAAAAUACUUUCGUCGGUGAGCAAUCAGUGUUGCCACAGGGCAGUGACAGUUGGACGGUCAAAUGGUCAAAGGGUUUUCAAUUAAAUUAAAGCAAUAUUAGCUAUAACAGCCAGAAACAUCACAGACACACAGAGGAAUCAGACAUAGCACAUCUCAGUGCCCCCUCCCCCUUUUUAUUUCUCUGAUGUAAAUAUUAAUAUAUGUGCAUGUUUACAGUGUGGAAAUAUGUUCCUUACCGCAAGGCUUAUGCAAGAUUUUAUACUCCUCAAACAUCUGCAUUUUAUUCAUGUCAUGUUGUCAUGUUGAAUCACAGUAACAUCCUUUCAUCAAAGUUUGCCUCAGCUGGAUUUGAAAGGAGGGGGUGGAAAAUGUGUCCACUAGAGGGCAGUGCAGAGUCAAUAAUGUCACAAGGUUGUCCACAUGGCAGCAGCUUUUGCACACAGACACACGCACAAAUGAGAGCGACGCUGUUACGAUCCACAUCCGUUACAAUGCACCGUUUUUUCUGGGAGCGUCUGCGUCGGCCUGAGAUUUAAAAACUGUCUCAACUGUUACAAAACUUUCAGCACAUCUUUUGAAAACAGUUGGUCUUUGUGGAUUCUGAACUAAUUGAUGAAAGAAAAGGAUGUCCCAAGAUAAAGUUUUAAAUUUUCCCCUUAAGCCUGAGCUACACUAGAGUAUAAUCGUGGUCUUCUUCCACUUUUAGGCUGAUGUGAACAGGUUAUCAGGCCAAAUGAUCCUGUAUAGGGGUUAACAGACGCAAUUUUAACAUCGUAAGAAUAAGACAUAUUUGAUAUUUACGAGUGAACAGCGAUUGGGGCGUGAUUGGGGAAACGGAUGUUGCAUACUUUUGUUUAGAACCGUAAACUUGUACAAGCCAAGUUGAUUCCGUCUUCUCAGUCCGCCUCCAUGUCUGUCUAUAUUCUGAAGUCGCGUUAAAUCACGGUAUCUGUGAGAUCCCAAAUCCUGGGAAUCUCGUCCCUGGAAUUGUAGUGUGUGGUCCUGCGUCUUGACUGGAUCGUCAAGUCACAUUACUUGAUUAUUAUUGAUUUGAUUUGAAAAUCCUCUAGUGUGGUGUGAGGGAACUUCAGUCACCUCAGCAGCCUCGAGGUAGUAAUGGCGUAAUUUUGUCCGUUUCUGCAACGACUUAUGUCCAAAUAAAGAAGGAAUAAGCACAGAUAUUCUAGCUAACGUUGAGCCUAAAGCAUCGACUAGUUACAACAAUCUCAAGUUCACGUUUACCACCAGUUCCCUUUUAAACCAGUGUAGUUAGGCCCACAAUCUAAAGGAAAACUAUUGUGGUCAAAGACCUUUUAACCCAAGUUCGGGCUGCUAAUGUGGAACGGAAAAUGCUUGCAUGCAACGCAUUUAUAAAGGAAUGCAAUACUUUUUGCUUUCUAUUUGGGAAAUAUGACGGCUUAGACUAGCUUAGCACAACCACAAAAAUGUGUGAAAGGCCUAUUAAUGCGUGCAGGUACUUAGCCCUAAUGUUGUGGGUCAUUAUGGUGGUUUAACUGUGCAUUAAGGCGCAGGUAUCUGUUUUCUUCAUGUGCGUUUGACACGCAGAAAAUCAGCUUUGAAGGAAACGUUGAUGGAUGUACAUUAGCUUUCCCUUUAUUUCUGUUUUCAGUGUUUGUGCUAAGCUAAGCUAUAAGGAAAAUUCAACCUUUUUAUUCAACGUCUAGUGAUGCUGCGUUCAUGUUAUAUCGCACACACCAU